UAUAGAAUAGAAAGAAGAACAAAGGCCACCGAAAUUAUAGUUAUAGGUAGACUGGUAGAAAUCAAAUAUAGAGAGAUAGAAGCAACCACGCAAGAGGCCACAAAGCACAAACCCUAGGCUUUAGGUUUUCGAUUAGAUUCUCUCUUCCUUUUUCUCGCUUUGCUUUUCUAGUUCUUUCUUGGCGUUCACACCAUACCGCUUCUCCAAAAAGUAGCUUCCAGAGCUUGACCAAGCCAAAACCAAACUCGACCGCUUCUCUUUCGCUCUCUCUCUAUCUAUAGGUAAUUUCUCGCUAGCUCCGAUUGUAUCGUUUUGUGAAUCUAUUUCUGGUCAGCGUUAGCGUGUUGAUUUUUCCUAAUCUCAGGUAAAUUACUACUUUUUAUCCCGUCCAGGAACAGUCUACAUAGCUUAAAGAAAAUUUCAGGCAGAUGCAAUUGUGUGUAUUGCCGUGCAGGAAUUGAAAGCAACUUUAGCAAUUUAAAGCAAGAAAUUGUUUUUGGGUUAAGAUAGAGAGAAGGAUUAUAAGUUUCGCCAAUCUUGUAGCUAUGCCUGUAUCUGGAGACAAAGAGACUGGGGUUAAACCUAUUUCCCGGCAGUCUAGUGAUUAUAUUGCAGGUGUUCCUAUCAAGAAGAGGAGGUUCCUAUUGUACCGUCCUCCUUCACCUCCACCUGAAGAACCAUCUGCGGUUCCUGCAGAGAAUGAUUCGCUAAAGCUGGAACAAUCUAGCCCCUCUCAGGGGUCAGCUAUAUCAAAUGCUAGUGUUGUAACCAGUUCUGGUAUAUCUGAUGCAAACAACAAACCUGUAUCUGAGGAAUAUAAAGGCAGUUCUGAUGUUAUGAGUGUUACUGUAGCCCAAAGCAAUCCCAACUACUCUACAGUCAAAGUUGAGGAACCAAGCAAAACUUACUCUGGUUCCUUGGAUGACAUGGAAAGCAAAGACAAGCUUGUCGCGGCCGAAAAAUCUGCAAGCCUGGUAACUUUGGGAAAAUCAAAGUUGCAGUCAUCACCAAAUGAAGCACUUGCACUUAAGUUGGGGAAAGAGUUAUAUAGCAAAGAAAAAGCUGAAGGGAAGUGUAAAGCUGAAAUUCCUAUUGUUGCGGGAAAUACUGACUUGACAUUAGGAUUAAAGGAACAUGUUUUUCCAGCUUUAACAGGUCAAAACCAUAAUGUGAGAGGCCAGAAUCAAGAUAGUUUAGAACCUGGUUCACUGAAUUUGUCUUUAAGCAAGGGAAAUAACGACAUUCAGUGUAAAAAGGAUGAGGUUGAGUUGAAAAAUGGUGCACAGCAAUGUGGUAAUAGGGCAAACUGGGAUCUGAAUACUACAAUGGAUGCAUGGGAAGGUUCUGCAAGUGAGGCAGCUGCAGUAGGUCAAGUGUCUGCUGGUGGGUUUAAUACUACUGAUGGUACACAUGAUAUCAAACCUUUGCUAUGCACAACUGGGACGAUUGGCACUGUUAUACCUUCUAAACAAAAGGGCCUUGUAGCCAGUGAGAACAUAGCCAAAUUGACCUCGUCCAAACUGCCUAUUCAACAAUUAAGAUUGUUUGGCAUAGACCCUCUUCAUUUAGGCCUUAGUCCUUCUAGCCUUCAGCAACAGGUAAGCCUGGAACCGUCCUUAUCUAGCAAAGAAGAUUCUGGCAGGAUUUUCCCCAAUAUAAUCUUGCAAAGAUCAGUGGUGCCACCUGGCAAUUUGAACAGGGUUAAUUAUAGGACUGUGAAAUCAGAACCAUUUGACGAGAGCAACAAAUUAGUGAAUAGAACAACUAUAGCCAAUAAUCUUGGAUUAUUAGAUAAUAGGACAGUAAAGCGUGAAUUAGCUGAGCAGUUCAGUUUUGAUAAGGUUUCAAAUAUUAGCGCCAUGAGAGUAGUUGGUCCUGCAUCCAUAAAAAUGGAACCAGUUCACAGGGGUAAUGUGGAAGCCCCCAAUACAUUAGAGGGGACAUCUAGACAAGUAGAUAAACAGGUGCUACUGGGUUUGAAUGAUCAUUCUCCUGCCAUGGCAAUCCCUGAAAGUGCACUGUUGUCCUGCCCCGCAGGAGAGCCUUCUUGUUCAACAGAAUUGACUAUAGCCACGGAUGUUGGAAACCACGGAGAACAGUCCACCUACACCAAAGAGGCCCAUAUUAAUGGGGAGGUUGUACCUCAGGAAGCAUGUGAAAGGGUGCAGCAGGUUGCUUCAGAAACAGCUGCCAUCUCUGUGGGUCAUGAUGGUAUAGAAUCAAGUACUUCUUGUAUGAUGGGUACUGUAAGAGCUGAAGAUGGAAAUGCUGAUGAUCCUGAGCAGUGCAGAUUGAAAUCCAUAAAUGAACAGCCCCCUGAUAUGCGAGGAAGCGAAGGUUGUGUAAGUGAUGAGGAAAAAAUCAAUAUAUCAGCUGAUAUGCUAGAAGAAGAUUCUUAUGGUUCUGAUUAUGACUCGGAUGGCAAUCAUCCUUUACCUAAGGCUAUGGAUACAGAACAAGGUGGAGAAGAAGAUUAUGAAGAUGGUGAGGUCCGAGAACCUCUACUGCAAACUGCAGUCGAGGAUCCCAUAUGUGAGAAACAGGAAGUUGAACAUGUUGAUCAUGGUGACUCUGAUAAUAACAAGAUGGACAUUGUGGGUCAGCAUGGUGAUGAUCAUCCAUCUUCAUCCCAUGUUGAGGAAAAAGAUGCUAAAGAAGAUCCUGGGCAAACAAAUAACAAAGAAAGUAGUGAUUGUGUCGACACAUCGAAGGAGGUAUAUGAUAACGGUGAUACUAAUCUUACAUGUUUGCAGGAAUCAUUGACAGAUGAAAAACCAGCCAGUGGAGCUGACAUUAAGAGGCCCAUUAUGGCCUUUAGAAGAAAUUCACUUGAUCAGUCAGGCAGUACUGGUUUCCCUGAAGAACAGGAGGCAGAAUUAUCAUUGGAGCGAACCACUGAAGGAAUGCAAGCUACUACUUCUACUUUUACUUUUACUCAGGGUUUAGAUGACAAUGUUAACAAUUUUGACUUAGUGGAGGAGAAAGAUACUAUGACAAUGAUGGAAGCAUCUGCAAGUGGUGAUGAUGCAGCUAAAGAUGUUAAUAGUGGUGGUAAUCGGAGCCGCAUUAUUAAUUUGUCUCGAGCUUCUAACGUAUCACCUCCUGGUAAUACAAGAUAUAUUUCAGACAGGUCAUUGGCAUCACUACCUGGAAGAGAGAGAUUACUCGAUGUACCGCUAGAGGGAGAUAAAUUUUAUCCCCGAGGGAGAGAUGAAUUAUACAUAGAUGGUUCCCACAAAUUUUCAAGAGAGAGGCAUCAAGAUCAGUCACCCAGAAAUUCUAGAUUAAAUUUUGUGCGCGGCAGAGGGAGGAUUACUGGUAGGUUAGACCCUUUACGUAGGGACUGGGAUUCUGACCGUGAUUUUGCUUCAGAAUUUUAUAACGGCCCAUCAGAGUUUCGUUUCCCAAGAAAUAAAUAUGCAUCUGCUGUUGUUGAUGCAGACCUUGAAUAUAACAGUUAUAAUAUUGCACCUGAUGGACCUUUUAUUGGUACUGGUCGGGGAGGGAGGAAGCAUUUAGAUGAUGAGGGAGCAAUGUUUCGCCAUAUGUCCUCAAGAGGGCGGUCUCCUGGAGGGAGAAAUGGGCUUGCUGCACGUGGCGGGGCACAAAUGAUUCACAGAGGUCCAAGAAUGAGUGAAGAUGGUUCUGAAGUGGUUGGGCUGAGGCAUAGUGAGAAGUUUAUGAGUGUUUUUCCUGAUGAUAACAUGGAUCCGAUGUUUACACGCCCCCAACCUGCAUAUGAGGGAGUAGAUGCUCAUUUUGCCCGAGGUGGUAGGAACUUCUCUUCUGUUCAGAGAAGGGGUCUUCCUCGAAUUCAUUCAAAAUCUCCAAUGAGAUCCAGAUCUCGUUCUCCUGUUCAAUGGUCACCUCCAAGGAGAAGAUCCCAAGAUGGAUUUGGUGGACAUCCAGAAUUGCCUCAUCGACGAUCUCCAAUUUACAGGGUGGAGAGGAUGAGGUCUCCUGAUCGCCCCUGUUUCCCUCCAAUCAUGGUUAGAAGGAAUGGCUCCCCACCAUAUAUGUCCCGACCAUCUAAUGAUUUGAGGGAUAUAAAUUCUGGACGGGACCAUGGUCAUCCGAGAUCUGUCAUUCCCAAUAGGAGUUCAUCUGGUCGGAUUUUAUACAGAAACAGGAGAUUUGAUGUUAUAGAUCCCCAGGAAAGGACAGAUGGUGAUGAGUUCUUUGGGGGGCCCAUGCAUGCUCGACAUGAGCUUGGUGUUGAUCCAAAUGGUGAUGAGAGAAGAAGGUUUGGUGAGAGACGGGGACCUGUCCGUUCAUUUAGGCAGCCAUACAAUGGUGCUAAUGGUGAGAAUUUCCAUCUUAAUUCAGAGGAUGGGCCUAGGCCUUUUAGGUUCUGUCCAGAAGACAAUCCUGAGUUCCAUGAAAGAGGCAACUUGAGGGAUAGGGAGUUUGACCGCAGGAUUAAGAACCGGCCAGGAAAUGCCCCUAGAAGAACAAGAAGUAUCGAAGAGCAGGAAGCAAAUUUCAGGCAACCAUGGCAUGAUGCUGGGUUUGAUGAGAUCUCCAGAGUAAAGAGAAAGAGGGAUUUCAGAUGUGAAAUUUAAGUGGAGUUAGGGACUUGUAGACAGAGCUAGUGUUGGCAAUUUACAGUGAUCAGGAACAUUUUAUUUGCUCAAAGCACAAAGGAGAUUGCUGUUCUGUUUGCUGAUGUAAUCAAGUUAUGGCAGGAACAUAUGACGCUGGCUUUGCAUUUUGGUUACGUUUGGUUCAGGACUGGAUCCUCAUGUACAUAGCUGGGUUCUUCUGGUACCAUUGUGGCUAAGUCAUCAUGAAACUUGUAUUAGUGAUUCCUACUAUUUUGGGCACCAGGGUCAGUGUCAGUUUUUAUUUACUGAGUUUUUUACUGCAUAAAAAAACCAAGGAAGUGAUUCUGUGACUUCUUCAGUGGAGAUUACCCUUAAGUAUCAUAAAGUAUCUUCAACUGUUGACUUCGGUGCAUGGUGGCCAAGAGCAGGGAGGUAUACAUUUAAAGAAAUAUAAGGGCCUAUUGAUGCAGUUUCUGCCAUGGCACAGAAGCUUCUAUGAAGUCCCUUAUGCGAUCUACUUCAGUUUAAAUAUAGAAAAAAGGAAAUUUGCAGGCUUUUAUGCAGCUUCUGUAUAAUUUUAAGCUUAUAGCUGGUUCGAGUUUAAUUGAAGGCAAUGGAUGAUUAAUUCUGUCCUGGAGUGGACUCUUCUGAUAUCUUCAGCUAAUUCUUGAAUGGAUGGCUGGCCAUGUAAACAUUGUCUAUGAAAAAAAAGUGUUCUUAUUGGCUAGGUUGGCGAGAUGGAGCUACCACACUUUUUACCUCAUUCCAAGUCUUAUCUAAUAUCUUCCAGCUAGAGGUUAGUUGUUUUUAUGUUGAUUGCUCUCAAGAAAGAGAGUCUUGAAUCUUCUUGGGCACUUUUCAUCAUUGUUUCUGCUCCGUUUAUAGCUUCUAUGUGUGACUGUUUAUCACUGGAAAGACAGUUGAGUGCCUUAUGUUUGUGUUGGUGCCCUGCUGAGUGCUUCCACUUGACAAUUGUUGGACAGUGAGUCUAUUUCAAAGUUAGUUAGCUGGUGGGAAGUAUUAGGGGUUUCAUCUGUUCAAGUUGAAGAACACAGUCAAUGUAUUACAUUAUUUUGAUCCUCCACGUUUGUUGGUACCUUGUAUAGCAUGCGGUACUAAAAGACUGUUGGAAUGAAUAGGUUGGAGAUUUUAAAUAA